CGCGAAAGGUAAACAAAGUUCUUGCUAAGCUUGUAGCAUGGUGAAAUUUCUCCAAAAUGUAGCUGAAGUGGAAGUUAAAGCGAAAGACAGUCGAUGUGAAUGUAUUUUCUGUUUUUACAAAGCUUAGUCAAAGCAAAGCUAAUAUCAAGAAGUUCUGAAUGAGUCGUUUUAGCAACUGCUUUUUCACGCGGAUCUGACAACGUUAGUGGAUAUUGAGUGUCGAUGGAGCAGAAGCUUGCGGAGUUCAGAGCUCGACGACAGGCUGAAAAUGCUGCUAAAACGGAUCAGGGCGCUGGUCCACAGGACACAGCUCCGACAGUAGCUGCUCAGCCUGAAACAGCAUCAAGAGCUGACAGGCAACAGACAGAAAACAACCGAGCUGCGGCUCACAGCUCUCAAACCCAGGACCGUAGCGACUGGCUGUUGGACACCGCUCUGGGAAGAUGGCUGGCGUCGAGACAGUUUGUCAUCUCCAACCUUACUUUGCUCAAAGUGCUGCUUUGGCUGGUGCUGCUCGGCCUGUUUGUUGAACUGGAGUUUGGUCUGCCCUUCUUCGUCAUCUCUCUCUUCUACUGGCUCUACGAAGGGCUCCGGAGCCCAGCGGCCCGCAAGCCCGGAGAACUGAGCGCUUAUUCUGUCUUCAAUCCAGACUGUCAGCCUCUGCUGGGCUCCCUCACUGCAGAGCAGCUGGAGGGAGAGAUGGGUUACAGACCUAUGGCUAACAGAUGAGAUGCUUGUGAUUUGCACAUUUUUAUUAAAUAAUCAGGCUUUUUUUCCCCCAAAGAUGUUAAUUUACUGUGACUUAAAAUUGUAACAUCAGUUUAUUACUGUAUGUCUGAAUAACACAUAAAACUGUCUGCUUACA